AAUAAUAGCGGAUUUUGUCUUGAAUACGACUAGAGAUAAGAGCAACGAUAAGAUAAGGAUUAAAUAAAUCUGGUCAAAUUCGGGGCUGAACUAAGAAAGAUGAGAUUUGUAAUAUUACUGACUGCAGCACUGCCGAUCGUGCAGAAUGCUAUUAUUGAUCAAAAUGCUGGUCCAGAAGCAAGGAAAUUAUACAACAAACUAACAAAUUUAGCAAGAGAUCCGAAAAAGAUUCUGUUUGGUCAGGAGGCUAACACUGUAUGGGGUGCUGAAGGUGGGGUCUCUCCAUACAGUGUUGGUAGGUCUCAUGAUGGCAACAUCAAUGGGUGGUUAUACAGGGCAGAUAUGGUAGAGAAUGGGAUACCGGACAGCCUAUGCGAUGUCCAGAGACUAACGGGAGAUUAUCCGGCUGUCAAUGGAAUUGGUUAUGGUGAACUGGAUCACAAUAAUAAAGUAUUGAAUGACUAUAUCGUCAGAAGGUCAUACGAACGAGGUGAACUUAUAGUUUCCGCUCAUCAUCAACAUAAUCCAGUAACGAAUGGAACUGCCUGGAUAGCUACAGAUAAGGGGGAUACUCUUCAUACAAUUAAACGAAUUUUACCCGGUGGCGAUUUCCACGAAGUUUACAGACGCCGUCUUGAUUCUGUUGCAGCUUCUAUGAAGGGAUUUAAAACGUCAUCAGGACAAACUAUACCCAUUGUCUUCAGACCAUUUCACGAACUCAAUGGUGGAUGGUUUUGGUGGGGUUAUAAAAACAAAGCUCAAAACACGGUUCAAGAAAUGCAAGAACUUUAUCGAUAUACUGUCAAAUAUUUGAGAGAUACGAAGAAUGUUCACAAUGUGUUGUAUGCCUACAGCCCAGAUAGAUUCCAAGGUAAAGACGACUACCUGAAAUUCUAUCCUGGUGACGAUUAUGUCGAUAUUUUAGGAAUGGACUUUUAUUAUCAUGGCGCAGAAUCUACAGAUACUUUUGUAAGCAAGGUUAUUAAUGUCGUUGAGCUAGCUGAAGAUCGCCAUAAAAUUCCUGCCGUGACAGAAGUAGGCAUAUUCGAUAACGGAAUUGAUAAGAUGCCGAACUUCUGGAGUGACCAUAUCUUGGAACCUUUGAAGAAAUCAACCAAAGGGACGCGUAUAGCUUACCUUCAUGCCUGGGCGAACAUCUGUCUUCAAGCAUGCCAAAAGUGGACACCUUAUAGAGGACAUCCUGGUGCAGAUGCAUUCAUAAACAACUUUUACAAAGAUCCAGUUAUGCUUUUUGCAAAGGACGCCCACCUGUAUGAUUAAUUAACGUGUAUAAGUGAUAAAAUAUUGAAAAUAUAAUUUUUUGAAUU